AUGAAUUCAUUGUACAAACUUAAUACAACAAAUGAAGAUGAACUUAACAAAAUUUGCCAAGAUAUCAAAAGUAAAUUAAUUGAAACCAAAAUAUUAGAUUCAUCUGAUGUUCUUGAUAUAAUAACAACUGCAUCAGAAUGCAAUUGUCGUUACUUUAAAUCAUAUUGGACAUUAUUCAAAAAGAUUUACAAAAAUUCAACAAGAGAAGUUCUACCUGGUUCAACUGUUUUCAGUUACUUUCUCAACAAAGAGUUUGGAGUCGAUCUCAAUUUUAUAGACAUGGAUAGAAUCAAAGAAUAUAAUAUUCAAAACAGUUCUAUUGAAGUUCAUGAAGAAAACACGAUUUACAGAGCAAUAAUGGAUGAUGAUGUAAAAUCAUUUAUACAGUUCACAGAAAAGGAUGGAUUCAAUAAAAACCAAGAACUUCAAAGUGGUUUCUAUCCAAUUCCAUAUUAUAAACAUUCUUUACUCGAACUAUGUUGUUAUCAUGGUUCAAUCAAUUGUUUCAAUGUUUUAAGAACAAAAUUUCAAACAAAAAUCAGUUAUUAUUGUCUCCUUUUUUCAUUUCUUGGAAAGAACCUAGAGAUUAUAAAAGAAUGUUUGAAAGUAAUAAAGCCAGACAAACAAUCCAUGGAAUAUGCAAUUAUGUCACACAGCAUCGAAUUUGUUAUAUUUUUGAUGGAUGAAUACAAAUUAAAUAUUGAUUUAGAAGCAUGUGGAAAAUAUAAUAAUAUUCAAGCACUUCUAACAUAUAUCGAUCGAACUAAUGACAUCAACAAUGCUUUCUUUUAUUCAUUUGAUUUUAAUUUGCUUUCCCUUUGGGAAUAUUUGUUAUCACAUGGAGCAAAUAUAGAUUCAAGAGAUAAAGAUGGAGAAACAGUUUUAUUUCGGCAGAUAGAAAAUGAUAAUACAAAGACGGUAAAAUUCCUUCUUUCUCAUGGCGCAGAUUGUAAUGCAAAAGAUAAAUCAGGUGAAUCGUCGCCAAUUCAUUUAGCAGUUUCAGGUAAAAAUACAAAAAUCGCAAAAAUCCGUAUUUCUUAUGGAGCAGAUCUUUAUUUUAAAGAUAGCAAAGGAAGAACACCUCUCCACUCUGCAAUAAUCAAUAAAAAUUAUGAAAUUGUUGAACUAAUUAUUAACUCUGGUAUAAAUAUCAAUGCACAAGAUGACUUUAGUGAUACCGCUCUUGAUUGGGCUGUCUUCUCAGGAUCAAAAAAGUUAAUAAAGCUUUUAAUAUCUCAUGGAGCAGAUGUCAAUUCAAGAAAUAAAGAAGGUAAAUCAAUUCUUCAUUAUUCUGCAUCAUAUUCAAAUGUCAAAAUAAAUGAAAUUCUGAUUUCAAAUGGAGCAUAUGUCAAUGCAAAAGAUAACAAUGGAGAAAGUGUUCUUCAUUGUGCUGCACAACAAAGUUUACCAGAAGUUAUUGAAUUUCUUAUUUCACAUGGUGCAGAUAUCAAAGCUAAAGAUUGUUUUGAUAGAACACCUCUUCAUUACGCAGCAAAAAGAGGCCGUUCAAAAAAUGCAAGAAUUCUUAUUUCCCAUGGUAUAGAUAUCAAUGAAAAAGAUAUUAAUGGUAGAACAGCUCUUCAUCAGGCGUCUGAUAACGAUCAUGUGGAAGUUGCAGAAAUUCUUAUCCUAAACGGUGCAGAUAUUAAUUCACAGGACAAUAGUGGUGAUACACCUCUUCAUCGUGCUGCAUACAUGAAUUGUAGCAAAGUUGCUGAUCUAUUAAUUUCACACGGUGCUGAUAUUAAUUCAAAAGAUUAUAGUGGGAAUACACCUCUUCAUUAUGCGCCUUCAUUAUUUGAUACAGAGAUUAUGGAAUCGCUUUUAUCACAUGGUGCAGACAUUAACUCAAUAAACCAUCACGGAGACACACCACUUCAUUUUGCUGCUUCUAAUGAUAGAUUAAAAGCAAUUGAAUUUUUAAUUUCACAUGGUGCAAAUAUCAAUUCAAGAAACUGUGAACGUCAAACAGCAUUAAAUAUUGCAUCAUCAAAAAACAGCAAUGAAAUUGUUGAAUUUCUUCUUUCUCAUGGUGCAGAAAAUGAUUAG